AUGGCGGAGAAAGAGGCAACGACGUCCGCCUCUAGCAGCGAUGGCGCUCCUGUCCACGAGACUGCUAUUGGUACCCAAGAGCGAUACGGUUUCUGGACGAGAAUGGGUUGUACCCCCGAGUCGUUCAAAAAGCGUGAGCUGUUGGGUGACAACCAAUUGGACCAGACUCUCAAGCCCCGCCAUCUUCAGAUGAUCGCAAUUGGAGGAUCUAUUGGUGCUGGUUUCUUCGUCGGUUCUGGAGGUGCUUUGGCGAGAGGUGUAAGUUUGGCCUGGAAUUCCUUGAUUCGAGACUUGAGCUAAUCCUUUCAAGGGUCCGGGUACUCUACUUAUCGAUUUUAUGAUCAUGGGUGUCAUGAUCUUCAAUGUUGUCUACGCUCUUGGUGAACUCGCUAUUAUGUACCCGGUCUCUGGUGGUUUCUACACUUAUUCUACUCGCUUCAUCGACCCUUCAUGGGGGUUUGCUAUGGGAUGGAGCAAGUCAAUCUGAUUCUCGCAGGGUUGCGACAUGCGCUAACGAAUAUUAGACUAUGUUUUCCAAUGGGCUAUUGUUCUUCCUCUUGAACUUGUUGUCGCCGGUUUUACCGUUCAGUACUGGAAUACAGAGAUCAAUGUCGCAGUUUGGAUCACGGUUUUCCUCGUCGCCAUCAUUCUCAUCAACGUCGCUGGUGUUCUUGGUUUCGCCGAAGAAGAGUUCUGGGCUAGUGUCCUGAAACUUGUUGCGGUUGUUACUUUCAUGAUCAUUGGUGUUGUUCUCGGUACGUUUUUAUAUAUACAUAUCGAUACCCAAACAUGAAUGCCUGCUAAUACUCCUUAGUCUGCGGUGGUGGUCCAGCUGAAGGCAAGUACAGCGAAUACUGGGGUGCCCGUCUUUGGUACGACCCAGGAGCCUUCAGAAACGGCUUCAAGGGAGUCUGCUCCGUCUUCGUCACUGCAGCUUUCGCCUUCUCCGGAACCGAACUUGUUGGUCUCGCCGCUGCCGAAGCCGAGAACCCAGCCAAAGCUCUCCCAGGAGCCAUCAAACAAGUUUUCUGGCGUAUCACUCUCUUCUACAUUGUCGGUCUUCUCUUCGUUGGUCUUCUCGUUGACUCCACCGAUGAGCGUCUUCUCGGAGCCAACCCUUUCAUCGAUGUUGCUACUUCGCCCUUCGUCAUUGCUGCCAGAGAUGCUGGUCUCGCUGGUUAUGAUCAUUUCUUGAACUUCGUCAUUCUCAUUUCCGUUAUCUCUAUUGGUAACUCUGGUGUUUACGGUGGAUCGCGUACACUCUGUGCUCUUGCUGAGACCGGAUACGCGCCCAAGUUCUUUAGCUACGUUGAUCGUGCCGGUCGCCCUCUACCAGCCACUAUUCUCAUCCUUGUCUGUGGUCUUUUGGGAUAUGUCAGUUUAAGUUCCCAAGGAACUGUUGUCUUUGACUGGCUCCUUGCUCUUUCUGGUCUUGCUGCUCUCUUUACCUGGGGAUCUAUUUGCUUGGCCCACAUUCGAUUCAGAAGAGCGUGGGCUUACCACGGACACACUCUUGAUGAGAUUCCUUUCAGAGCCGCCUUUGGUGUUUAUGGUUCUUGGCUUGGAUUGAUUUUGAUCUUCUUGGUUUUGAUGGCUCAGGUAUGUUUAUUGUCUCCUUCCUUCCCAACAAAAAGUGUUGGUAACUAACCAUUUCCAGUUCUACACCGCUCUCUACCCCAUCGGUAAUGAAGGCCAAAUCGGUACUGCCGAGGAUUUCUUCAAAUCCUACCUCGCUCUUCCAGUCGUCAUGCUCUUCUUCGUCGCCGGAUGGAUCUGGAAGAAGCCAGGAUGGUUGAGAACCAAGGAUAUGGAUGUUGAUGCUGGACGCAGAGUGGUUGAUUGGGAUCGCAUUAACGCUCAUAAGGCGCUCGUUGCUUCGUAUCCUUGGUGGAGACGGACGUACGAGACUCUCUUUUAG